GGCCCAUUGAUCGAGCCUACCCUGUAGCUUCAGACUAAAUCGAGCAAGCUCUAUUUUUUAGCACCAUUGGCAAGCUCCCCUCAUGCUUGUAUUGAUUCAUUUCUCUGUCAAUUCCAUCACCCGCUUUUGCCUCUUUCACGAUUCCCUUCUCCCAGCAGUAACCCAAUGGCAGCCUUAAAGUCAUCAAUGCCUCUUCUGGCAGCCCUUCGAUGCUCGCGACAAGCUCCGCUGCGUUUCUCACGGACGCAAUGCCUCGCCAAGUCGCCUCGAUUCUACUCAGCAGACGCUGACGCUCCUCCGCCAUUACUCCAAAAGCUGAAAGGCGACCUCAAGACGGCCAUGCGAGCCAAAGAUGCCCCCAGGCUAUCCGUGCUUCGAGCCAUCAUGUCCGCGAACCUCAAUGCCUCCAAGACGACCUCCCCGAUCCGCACCGAUGUCCAGCUGGUCGCCCUGAUCCGAAAGCUCCAGAAGAGCGCACAGGAUGCCGUCGCGGAUGCUCAGGCAGCGGGGCGAGACGACUUGGUACAGAAGGAGAAUGAGCAAAUCUCCAUCUUGGACGAGUACAUUGCAGGGAGCGGCGUCCAGACUCUGGGAGAGGCUGAGAUCAAGGCUCUGAUCAGCCAAGCCAUUGAAGCUGUCAAUGCUGCUGGCAAGGGAGGCAAGUCUCUCAUGGGAGAGGUGAUGAAGCGCGUCAACGCUGCUUUGGAAGGCAAAGAUGUGGACAAGAAUGAAGAGCUCAUUUCCUCCGGGUCCAAGUUUGAGGGCGAAAUUGGUUACUCCCGAGCUGUCGUCGUCGACGACUUUGUAUUUGUAUCGGGAACCACUGGUUACGACUAUGCUACUGGCGAAAUCUCUGAGGAUGUCGUCCAACAGACUGAACAGACAAUGAUCAAUAUUGACAAGGCCCUGAAGGACGCCGGCUCCUCCGUGUCCGAAGUUGUUCGUGUACGCUAUAUUCUUCCAGAUCGUUCCCAGUUCCCUCUCGUUUGGCCGGUGUUGAGAAAGUGGUUUGGCAAUGUACGGCCGGCGGCGACAAUGGUGCAGAGUUCCCUCAUGGUUGAUGAGAUGAAGAUUGAAAUCGAAGUGACAGCAAAGAAGGGAUCGAGUAAUGAUGUAUCUAGUUCCGCAUAGGAGAAUCUUGUCGUCGUCUUCGUCUUCGAGGGUUUUGUCUAGAAAAUAAAUGGGUGGAACUUAAUAGGCCAAAGGCGCAACAACGGUCCCGCCAACAAAUGCGCAUGCAAUUGUAAUCAUGCUAGACAGCGAUAGCAGUGACAUGCCGCUGAUGCCAUGCCCAGAUGUGCAGCCGCCGGCCAUUCGCGAUCCAAUGGCCAUAAGCGCACCUCCGGCCAUUGCAUACAACGGUGGUGCCUCAAACACAGGAGCGUUGGCCAGUGAAGGCACAGCCUGAAGCAAUCCCCAAGCCCCCGCCGUCACACCGCUGGCGAAGAGAAUGC